CCGAAACACGUCUUCACCCCUGUUCUCAAUAACAGGUGUUCUUCAGAAGGACCAGAAGAGGGUCCUGACAUACAGGCAACCAGGCGUGAGUCCGCUGACCGCCCCCGACGACCACGGUCCCCUAACUGUCCCGGCGGCGCCCCCCAACGCCAAGUCGGCAACCUCCCUGCGCCACCACCUCGCCGUCGCCUCGCCUCCGUCUGCUAUCUGUCGCGGCGGUGUCCCCAGCUCUCGACGCCAGGCUGACCUCGCUCAUUCGUCACGAAGAUCAAAUUUCAGAUGAGGCUGGUUGGCUUAACUGGUGGGAUUGCUUCGGGGAAGAGUACCAUAUCCAACCUCUUCAAAUCCAAUGGCAUCCCUGUCAUUGAUGCUGAUAUAGUUGCUCGGAUAAGCAGCAGCCAUAAUCGUUCUACAUGAUGUUCUGUUCUUUAUUUUGACCAGUCCAUUGUUCUCUUUUAAAGGGCCUGUUUAUGCUGGUUUCAAUAUAUGGUGAUCUUUUCUAAACAAUAUUCUUGUUCCAAUUGAUUCAUCCCCUAUACCCAACAGCCCCAAGCUUGGCAUCACAACAUUUGGUAGAGAAUGUGCACUUCACUCCAAACAGAACAUCUGCAACACAGUUAUAAAUCUGCUGGUUGUAAGCUGGUUUUCCGGUGACAAGGCAACCUGUUCAGUUUGUUUUGUCUUAUUUAAGUUACCUGAUUCGAUCCAACCUCCUUUGAACCACGAACCCGGUUUCGAGCGAUCUGGAUCAGGGUUUAAAAUUGCUACAGAUCACUCCCCAUUUGGGAUGUGAUUAGUCAAUGCAAGGGAAAAAACUAACAAAUACAAUACUAAAUCAAGAGAGAAAUGUGAACAAAAACAUGCAGGAAUUGCCAUUGUGUCACUGUAGUCGCCGUCAUGCCACUGCUCUCCACCACCACACGUCACAGUGGUUGCUGUUGCGUGUCAUGUCUCUGCAGUCAUGUUUCACAUCAUGCCCGCCAUUGAGCUGAGGAGUUAGGGUCUGUACGUGGCUUAGGUGAGCUUUUCUGGGCCAACAGUUCACUGGUCAAAUUUAGGAUCUUCUACACUUGUUUGCUAAUUCUAGAAUUUUGCUUUAUUUCCCUCAGUAAGCUAAUGCGAAAAGUUUGGAGUCAGUAGGGAUUCCUGGUUAGUGGCAGAGUAGAAGUAACUUACCUUUUCCGCUCUAUAACUAGAUCUGCCAGUUGAGCCAACAUGAUUUUAUGCAUUAAAAUACAUUUUUUGUUGUCUUCAUGAAAAUUAUAAAUGUGGACGAACUACUGGAUCCUACAUAAAAAGAAACAAUCCACCACAAUGCUUGGUACACUCUGGGGCUUUGUACUCGUUAGGCAUAUGGAACAUUUUGCUUGCAAACCACACUUGACAGCAGCAUGUUUGUGUUUUGGUACUGAUAAGCAUUUACAUUUAGAGAAAAGUAAUUUUUUCGUCCCUUGCUUGUCGGAAAGUUUAUUUCUCGUCCUAAAAAACAAUUCGUACUUUUUUCAUCCCUCAACUUUCAAAACCGGACACUUUUAGUCCUUAAGGCUAUCCGAAGCGGUUUGUCUAGCCACGUGCCCGGUUUGCACUUAAUCCUGUGACCGCCGAGACUGUUGAAAUUGGCCGUCGUCAUGCUCUGGAUCUCGUCCAGGCACUGGUUUUACUUCUCCUCCAUCUGCAUCAUCCAUAUCUUGAUUGAAAAAAAAAUAAGUGAAAAAACUAUGCGAAAACCAGACACGUGGCUAGAAAAACCACUUUGGAUGGACUGAGAGACUAAAAGUGUCCGGUUUUGAAAAUUGAGGGACAAAAAAAGUACGAAAUUUUUUUGAGGGACGAAAAACGAACUUUCCGACAAGUUGAGGGACGAAAAAAGUACUUUUCUCUUACAUUUAUUUGCUACUUGCUAGCAUUGUACGUACAAAGCAUUUAAAUUAUGUUCUGUUCUGAGACUGAGGAAUGCAGAGGGUUACUUGCAAACUUAGUACUCCCUCCGUCCAACAAAGGAUGUCUCAACUUUGACUAAAUUCGAAUGCAUCUAUACACUAAGUCAUGUCUAGAUACAUCCAAAUUUUAACAAAUUUGAGACAUCUUUUGUUGGACGGAGGGAGUACUUGACUUUCAGACCGCAAAGUAUGUUUAAUACACUUUUAGACUUAUGUGUUAUGAACUUUAUGCCGAGUGUGUUUUCAUGCAUUUACAGAAUGUAGUGCAGAAAGGCACUGGAGGCUGGAAGAAGAUUAUAAAAACUUUUGGCAAUGAUAUCUUGUUGGAAAAUGGAGAAAUUGACAGAGCUCGCCUAGGCCAGAUAGUUUUCUCUGACCCAAUGAAACGCCAAGUUCUAAACCGUCUUCUGGCCCCACAUAUUUCAUCGGGCAUACUUUGGGAGAUACUAAAACUGUGGAUGAAGGGAUGCAAGGUUGUAAUCCUUGACAUUCCGCUGCUGUUCGAGACAAAAAUGGACCGAUGGACAAACCCGGUCAUUGUUGUAUGGGUGGAUCCCGAAACACAGAUUGAGAGGCUCAUGUCGAGAGAUGGAUGCAGCCAGGAGCAAGCUCAGAACAGGAUCAAUGCGCAGCUUGUGCUGGACUGGAAGAAGUCGGAAGCUGACAUAGUAAUCAACAAUUCUGGCCUUCUAGAUGACACGGAAGAACAGUUCCAAGAAGUGUUGAAGCAAGUUUCUGAGCCCUUGACGUGGAAGGAGCGCAUAAGAUCAAGGGAUGGCCUUCUCUCCAUUGUCCUGUGCACAGCAGUGGGAGUUUUACUUGCUCAGAAGAAUCUGCUAUGACCUUUACAUACUUAAGAUUGAACCAAGUUAAGAGGUCGAAAACUGCAAACUGCCAUUGCAGAGCACUAAACCAGCAUGGUUACGGUUCUGUGAUGUUUUGUACUCCUACGGUGAUUGCCGAACUUUUAGUAAGAAAAUAUAUUUUGGAAGUGCUUGCUUGUGUUGUCAA